GCUGUUAAAUAAAGUAUACCGUUACAAAAUGGACAGAAUCUUGCGUGGAAUAAUGCGGUACCGAGUUUUAGACCGUGCGAGUAUGGUGAAACAGUUUGAACAAGUAAAAGAUAAUCCAGUGCCUAAGGCGAUUUUUUAUACUUGUAUGGACAGCAGAAUGAUCCCGACUAGAUUUACAGAAACGAGCGUCGGUGACAUGUUUGUGGUAAGGAAUGCUGGUAAUUUGGUACCUCACUCAGAACACUUUGUCGAUGAAAUGACUAGCUGUGAACCUGCUGGACUAGAAUUAAGCUGUAUUAUAAAUGACAUAAAACAUGUAAUAGUAUGUGGACACAGCGAUUGUAAAGCUAUGAAUUUGCUUUAUAAAUUAAAAAGUCCUGAAGAAUCCAAUAUUGAACAGCGUAGAAUAUCACCCUUGAAAUCUUGGCUUUGUACACAUGGGCAAACAAGUUUGGAUAAGUUUCUUGCUGCUAAUCAAGAUUUUUCUAAACCAAUGCUAUUCACUGCAGAGACGCCUCAGCGAAAAUUUGUCGCCUACAUAGACCCCGAAAACAAAUUUUGUAUAGAAGACAAACUUUCUCAGGUAAACACUUUACAGCAGCUUCAAAACAUCGCUUCUUAUGGAAUGCUGAAGAAGCGAUUAGAAAGACACGAUUUACACAUACAUGCAUUGUGGUUCGAUAUUUAUACUGGUGAUAUUUAUUACUUUAGUAGAAGGGCAAAACAAUUUAUUAUUAUAGACGAAUCAAGUUACGAUAUCAUAUUAGCAGAGGUUCGAAGAUAUUACUCAUAGUAAAACUAGUAAUGUUAAAUAUAACCCUAAGAGAAAAAAAUAUACUGUGUGUAUAAUUCAUACGAUGUAGAAAUAUUAAAAUAUCAUUUGUUUUGCUUUUGACUGCUAAGCAAAUUUUCCAACAUAUCAAUUUACAACGUCAAUAUACACAGUGUACGUUUUUGUAUGAAUACUCAAGCACGGGA